GGCUUUGCAGACUAUGCUCUGGCUUAUUGGAUUGUGUUCCUUGUUAGGAAACAUACUUUCAGUAAUUUAUAGACUUGUAUAUGAUAGGGAAAGAUUGAAGUUGGGAUACGGUGUAUUUGUAACAAAUUUAGCUGUUGCAGAUUUUCUUAUGGGCUUCUAUAUGAUUAUAAUAGCUGUGGCGGAUGCUGUUUUUAGAAAAAGGUAUAUCUUCAUGGACGACUACUGGCGAAACAGUUAUUGGUGCACUUUUGCUGGAAUUCUGUCCACAGUGUCAUCUGAGGCGAGCGUCAGUUUUUUGUGUUUUAUUACCUUAGAUAGACUAAUUGUCAUCAAAUAUCCUUUCGGCCAGUUUCGGUUUAACACGAAGAAGGCGCUCAUGUGUUUUGCAUGUGCAUGGCUUCUUGCUUUGAUUAUUGGUCUUAUUCCACUCCUGCACUCUGGAUAUUUCAAGAAUGAGUUUUACAGCAAGUCCGGAGUUUGCUUAGCGCUGCCACUCACGAAAGAUAGACCCCCUGGAUGGCUGUAUUCAGUGUUGAUUUUUGUAUGCUUGAAUUUUGUUGCAUUUGUACUGAUUGCACUUGGCCAGUGGUCGAUAUACAGAAAUAUAAGGAGAUCAAGUGUAGCGGGAGCGUCUAAAAACAGAAAAAAGGAUUUGACUGUGUCGAGAAAUUUACUACUGGUUGUAUCUACGGACUUUCUAUGCUGGUUUCCGAUUGGAUGUAUUGGUAUGAUGGCUAUGUCUGGACAUGCUAUUUCGGGAGAUGUUUAUGCAUGGGCAGCAGUGUUUAUUCUACCAGUUAAUUCCGCCUUAAAUCCAGUUUUGUAUACAUUGCCAGCUAUUCUAGGAAAAAAGAUAGCAGGGGAUGUUAAGUUGCACCAAGAGCCCAAGCUGUGCAGUAAACUUGGAGAAAAGUACAAUGAUAUAUACAACAUGGGACAACUCUUGCAGUCGCUAGUUCUGAAAUACCGAAAUGGAUAA